AUGUCUAUCACUCCUCAGAUCGCUAAAUCGUCAGUAAACCUAGUCAAGCGCGGACAGAUGGAAGGUUGGGUGCCGACGGAAGUCGUAGCAGAGGCGCUCAUGAGCUUGGGAAAGGUGGAGAUUCCUGAGACAGACGAGAUGGCGAUGAGCUCUGACGGAUUCGAAUCUGACUCUGAGCUGCAACAUCUGUUGGAUAGGCUUACGAGCAACCGCCAGACAGCGGAUCAAGGACUCUUGGAAGCAGCGGGAAGGAUUCUUGACAACAUACACCAAAGUUCUGACAGUAAGCACGUGGAAGAAGCAGCAGAAGGAACUAAGUUAACUCAGGAAGCCUCUAUAGAUACGGACUCGGAUGACCCGGAGGACGCCUCACUCAAGUACCCAGAAAGUAGCUUGGCGGAGUAUGCAUACAAUUGGAAACAUCCACCCACCAGCGGAGUGGCGACGGUUCCCCGUAAUACGCCAGAGCCCACUUUCGGUCCAGUCAGGUCCUCUUACGAGCCCCGAGUUAGUGUCACAGCUUCCCCUGCCUUCACCAAACUGCUCAAAGAAAAGAUGCGCAGCGUGUUGCUGAACCAACAUUUGGCCCAGCUGGAGGGAGAUCUCGACAAGGCGCGGAGAACUACGCAGGAAUGCUCUGCGCUGAUCCAGGACGAGACUGAACUUCGCGCUAACCCUCGAAGGAUGGGGCAGCUUUUUAAACUUCACGACACGAGGCCAGUGGUAAGAGAUUCAGAGGAAGUGGUGGAACUAGUCAUAGGAAGGAUUACUUUGGAAGCCACGAUCUGCAACGAUCACGGUACGGUGGAUGGGAUCGACAAUGAUUUGCGUCGCGCCUGGGAUCACUUCCACAAUCCUCUCUCGAAUAUCGCGAAAGGACCGACCACUCGAGUUCUACCAUGUAUUCCAGACCUUCGUGUACAACAGGUGGCGAUCGUGCCGAUCAAGAUAUACUUUUUGCGGAUGAGAAAUGGCCAGUGGAACGCUGGACGUACCGGUGCUUCCCCUGCAAGUUCUGAAGCUAUGUUAUUACGAGACCCGCCUCAUCACAAGGUAUUUUUUAACGACGCGGGAACUAAGCCCUUGUCGAUCUAUGUCCACCCCAGCAGUGGCGGGGCCCAACGGGUGUUUGGCCUGAAGGAUGCUAGUAAAGUGGACUGUCUUAUCGUCCACACCGAUAUAGACAGGGCGAAGCUUCUGGAACAGUAUUCCGGUUUGGAAGACCAUCUGAUAAUCACAUGUGAUGAGAUAGAGAGCGAAUUUUAUGAUCGUCCGAUUAGAGUACAAAUAAGACCGUUCACUGCUGACGAUGAUAGAAAUCUCGCCGAUUAUAUUGCCCGACGUUGUCCAGACCCAGACACUGGGGCAGAAGUGGCAACGUCAUAUACCGUGACUUAG